UUGGCGUCUUCCAAGUCUUGUAGCUGAGCCAUAAGUCUGUCCAGCUGCUCCUCCAGAUUGUGCUUCAGCUUGUCCGUCUCUGUCUUGCCCCUCGACGCCAUGUCUUCCUCUCUUCUUUCGCUUGUUCGUUCUGCUUUUUGCUCGCUCGCUCGCUGGUUUUCUCCACCUCCUCGCACCUACGCGCAUGCGCACUUCACUUCCACCGAAGUUACGUAACCGAGCUGCGUUGGGUGUGUGUGCGCACCUUUACGCAGUUUGGUGCGCAAAACGGACGUGCUCUGUCUCUGGCUAGCUCACUUGUGUGCUGUGGUGGUGUGGGCUCUCCCUAGUCCCUUGAAGCCCCCUGCAUGCUUUUCGCAAGCCGCCUACAUCGCAGAGUUGGAACAUCGAUCCGAGCAGGGCACAACGCAACCGGGCUUCUUGCGUACGGUGGUCGCGCGGAGACGCUAUUGCGGACGUGUACGGGAUCUAGAAGAGCCUCAAGAACUUCUACUGCAGCCGACAUGGCGACAGGAGGCGGGAAAGACGUGGACAUCGUCCGGAGGAUUGGAAAAAACGUCGUGCAGGACGUCAAAACGAAAGAGAAUGUUCCACUGGAGUCUCUAUGGGAAGACAAAGUGUAUGUAGACGAAAAGAAAAAGACUUACGAAGAUCUUGGCUACAAGAGAUUCAACUGGCUCAACAUCUGGAAGGCUCUUCUUAGUGCCAUAUCAAGAAAAGCAGUCAGCAAUGCUAAAGCCGAGAAUAUCUCGGGAAAUUUAUCUGGCGACGGGCUACAAAAUGGCGGGCUCCUCAUCGUAACCAAGGGAGGCGAGCAGGUGCUUCUUAAUCAUCGCGAGGAAACCCCUGGUGAUCACGUCGCUAACGCAGUCAUCCUGGAAGCACUUGGGCUCAAGCAGGAGAAUGCCAGCAAAAGCCCAGCCGGUGAAGGGCCUCAAGAGCGCACCACCAUUUGCGUCGAUGACGCCACGCCAGCCAGUGAAGUGCCCGAACAAGAGUGCACCACAACCUGCGCUAUUGAGAGCAAGAAAUAA